GUGCUGAUAUCUCGUUGUGUACUAUAUGCACGAUUGUCGAUCUCGCGAGCAUAUACGCUAUAUGCAACACGACGCGCGCAUGUUGUUGUUAUUUACGAUUUGUUUGCCACACGCCAUCACCAUCGAUUGAGACGGGAAUCGACAACUAAUUCAUCAAAAUCUAACGGUUUUUCUCGACGGAAGAUGUCGUUAGCUACACCAAUGAAUUCCUUAUUUCAUCAAGGUGUUCACGGAUCGCCUACACAACGCCUAGAUUUUGGCGAUGCUCUCGGUUCCGAAGGCGAAAGUGACGCUAGUUUUGCCGCUUACUCUGAUUUCAACGAUUUGCAAGAAGAGAGGAUUGAUCACAGUCCCAUUUCAAGUUCAUUUUCUGAUGAUCGUGAUGACUCCUUAAAUCUCACGGCAGAAUGGGAUCCCGCCUUGGCAACUCCAAAAAGCAGCCCAUCAAAACGGCCCGUGCAACGAAGACCAGUUUCAAGACUUCAUGGUGGCGAAAAUUCAGUUGCAUCUCCCCUUUUCCGAAGGCCAAGCGACUCAAGUUGCAGUCCCUCUCCAAUGUUAAUAUGCGGAAGUAGCCCCGCCUCCUCCGCAGGGGGAAGCGACUCUGUUGGUUCUCCACCCCCACACAAGCGGCUUCGUAACUUGAGACUUUUCGAUUCACCACACACGCCCAAAUCAUUAAUUCAAAAGGCAAAUGCGAGUGCCAGACGAAAUAAACUUCUUGCCAGUAGACUCUUCAGUGAGAAACCCGCUGCUGUACGUGAACAUGGUGAUGAUGGUACUCUUGCAAGGCCGCACACGGCUCCAAACAUGAGAAGUAUGCAGAGAAGAAGCACAAGAAUUUCUAAGACGAGACAGCAGAAUGUAGCAAAUGUCAACCCAUUCACACCAUCAGCCAUGUUGCAAAACGCAACCAAGAAAAGGCUUCGACAGGAAAGGAGUAUUCUCGAUGAUGACGAUGAUGAAAUCGAUGAUGACAUGGAUGGUAGCUAUACAGAAAAUCCAGCAAAGAGGAUAGCAUUACGAGACAGCGACAUCUCUCGUUAUGAGGCAGAGUUUGUUGAGGUCUGUAAGGUUGGAUCUGGCGAGUUUGGAUCAGUCUAUAAGUGUAUCAACAAACUUGAUGGAUGUUUCUAUGCCAUCAAGAAAUCAAAAAGACCUAUCGCUGGAUCUGCUUUUGAGCAAAUGGCACUAAAUGAAGUAUACGCCCAUGCAGUACUUGGAACUCACAUCCAUGUUGUCAGAUACUACUCAGCUUGGUCAGAAGCUGGUCACAUGAUCAUACAGAAUGAAUACUGUAAUGGUGGUAGUUUAGCAGACAUCAUCUCAUCUAAUAAGCAGAACAAUCACAUAAUGACGGAGAUAGAACUCAAACAGGUCUUGGUCCAAAUAGCUCAAGGUCUUAAAUACAUCCAUUCACAAGGACUGGUCCAUAUGGAUAUUAAACCAGGUAAUAUAUUCAUCACUAAGAAAGAGCCUCUCCCAUCAACGACAUCUGAGACAGAGAAGAUAGAUGAAGAUGAAGAAGUAUCGUUAGAAGACACUCAAACUCUCACUCAUCUUACUUACAAAAUUGGUGAUCUGGGUCAUGUGACAUCAAUAUCCAACCCUAAGGUAGAGGAAGGUGAUGUGAGGUUUUUACCGGUAGAGAUACUACAAGAGGAGCACACACACCUAACGAAAGCAGAUAUCUUUGCCCUUGCAUUGACUGUAUACCUAGCAGCCAGCGGUGAAACAUUACCAAAGAAUGGUGAUGAUUGGCAUAGUAUAAGACAGGGUGAACUUCCUCCACUAACACACAUCUCGUCGGACCUGGUUCAUCUUUUACAGACUAUGAUCCACCCAGACCCGACACAGCGACCAUCAGCCGCUGCCCUAGUCCAGCACCCACUGUUAUGCCCUAACAGUAAACAAUCUUUCACCCAACUCAAAAGGGAGCUAAAUGUUGCAAAGUUUCAGAAUGCAGUCCUCUCCAGGGAACUUAGCGAGGCUCGCAAUGCAAACCAGAAAGGAGGAAGCACCAUGAACCCUCCUAAAUCAAGGUCUAAUUCUCGACUCGUUGGAAAGAAGGUUAAUAGAAGUAUGAGCCUUACUAUAUAUUGAAGACUGAUCAAGAAUUACAAUGUAUAACCCAAGUACAUGCCUUACCAUAUAUAUUGAAGACAUAUCAUUGAGGCUCAUUCAAAGUUGCAGUACAAACCCCAGUUUAAGUGAAAUUGAUGACAAAGCUGGGAUUUAAACUUACAACAUGUUGAUAGCGGGACCAAUUGUUUAACCACUGAUCCACACAACAAACCUCGGCAACAAAUAUUUGCUAGGGAGGGAGACAUCCUUCUUUGCAUGGCUGCAAAGCCCAUUGUCUAAUCGAAUUUCUUCUGAAAUCCAUGAUGAUGACAUGACAAUUUCUCAUAGAAAAUUUUGAAAAAAAUGUUCUUUCUAAAUUUGUUUUGAAAUUUAUAGCUCCAGCGAUCAUUUGGCCAGUAGCUUUGCAUGCUUGCAUGGUUUUAAACUUAACAUAACAAUCUGCUCAUGCAGCUUUAAUGCUUUGCUGAUUUAACCAAUUACUUAUGAUACGUUUUACAUCUUAGUUAAAAAUCAAGUCCACCCAAGAAAAAUGUUGAUUUGAAUCAAUAGAGAAAUAUCAGACAAGCUUAAUUCUGCAAAUUUCAUCC